AUGUUCCAGCGCUCCGCCUUCCUCGCCUUUGUCGCCGGCGUCCUGAGCGUCUCUGCGCUCUACGACCCCGCCCACCUGCCCGCCAAGACCCAGGCCGAGGGCGGCCAGACGUCGUACAACGACUGCCAGACGCGCUACGGCGCCUCGAGCCCCACGGCCAAGUGCGCCAACGCCUUCAUCAACAGCAUCAAGGACUUCUGCGUCUACGGCCCGCCCAACACCAAGAAGUACGUCACCAUCGGCGACUCGGAAGAGGUGCUCGUGUCGUACUGCAUGAAGAGCGGCUACGGCACCCGCCUCAUCCCCGACGGCACCAUCAAGGGCGCCCACUUCCUCAAGACGCCCUCGUUCGUCCAGGUCACGGGCACCGGCGACUUUACCAAGAUCCACGUCCAGGCCGGCGACGAGGGCGGCGAGCUCGACCCGCACGGCGCCACCGGCUUCGGCAACCCCAUCGGCGGCCUCGUCUUCACCCGCGCCUACACGGGCAACUGGGAGCAGCUGCCCGAGUGGCAGAACUUUAUGUCGGCCACUGAGUUCUGCUUCCGGGCGUGCCGCGCCACGGACCCGUACGCCAAGCAGUGGUGCCCGCACAUUUACGACGUCAUGGGAUGCCAGUGGAACGAGCCGGCCAACUACGAGCCGGGCGUCUUUGAGCAGUGCGACGGCACCCAGGGCCAGUGGCCCGGCGUCUACGGCGGCUCCACCUGGUACCAGGGCCAGAACCCCACCCCGGCCGCCCAGCCCGCAGGCCAGAGCUCCAACUGCCGCUACUACCCGUCCAUCUCGACGGGCAAGGCCGUCAAGACGCCCAGCAAGAGGUCGAUCGAGACCCAGGUCAAGCGCGCCCCCGAGUGGGAGGCCGACAUGUAA